UUCAAGAUUUCAUUCGAAAAAAAAAACCUCUCUCUGAGUGUGACAAAUUCUCUCUGUCUCUUUCUCAUGGGGGACAAGCAAGAAUCUUUGUUAAAACCCAAUUCACAAACUGAAGAAGAGAAGAAGAUUCCAGUGUUUACAGUGUUAAAGAAUGGGGCCAUCCUCAAGAACAUCUUUCUUCUUGACAACCCCACAGCUUCAGUUGAAGAAUCAAAGCAAGAAUUUGAAGAGAUAUUGGUAGUUGGAAGACACCCAGAUUGUAAUAUUGUAUUGGAACAUCCAAGUAUUAGCAGAUUUCACCUCCGCAUUCACUCUAAUCCUUGUUCUCAAUCUCUCUCUGUUAUUGAUCUCUCUUCCGUCCAUGGGUCAUGGAUUUCUGGCAACAAGAUUGAACCAGGGGUUCGAGUUGAGUUGAAAGAGGGCGAUAAGAUGAAGCUAGGACGUUCCAGCAGGGAAUACAUGCUUCACUGGAUUCCCAUCAGCCGCGCGUAUGAUUUGGAGAAUCCAUUUGUAGCUCCAUUAGCUGAUGCAGAACCAUUGGAAGAAACAGAGGAGAAAGAACAUCAGGACGAGAGGGGCUUUGCUCUUCAGAAUGAGGAUAAUGAUUUGGUGCAGGGUCUAGAUUCAACGUUUUCCGAUAUGCAUUUGUUGCCAUAUGUAAAAAGUUUGACUCCAUCAGCUCCGCCGAUGCCUGAAGAGAUGAAGUCUCCAUUUCACUUUAGUGAUGAAGAAGUAAACAUAAAUCCACCUGAGAAAAUCCAUGGAGAGAGUGAACUCAGUUUGCUGCAGCCUGCUUACGAACCUGACAAAGAAAACAGCACUCCGCGGGCCCUUCUUGUCUCGGCAGAGUCCCAAACAGAAAAUGCCGAUAGUAGUACCCCAGUAAGAUCUCAGCAAAGAUGUUUGAGCAUUUGGUCUAGAAGGGGAAAAUGUUCCAGUGUUCAGAUUCAAACUGGCAGAGAUAGAUCAAUAAUUGAAAAAGUUGACAUUGAUACUGAAGUUUACUCACUUAAUCAUGAGAAGGUUGCAAUGGAAUCAGUUUCAAAUGAUCCUUUUUCUAGUGGGAACAAGGAUGGAGAAGAAGAUGCCUUCACUCCAGACAAAGAGAACAAUGCUCCUAGUUCCGUGAAAAGCUCGCGUCUUGCUGAUGGACAAGCUAAACAAUCUAUGUUUUCUUCUUGUGUGGAUGAGAAUGGUGAAGAGAAUUUUAAUCUGGACAAAGUGGAUCUUACCCCAAACACUCAUUUGCGAAGGUCAAUGAAGAAGAUGAGCAGUUUGGAGCAAAUUAAGCAUCCAAAAUCUUUGAGAUCUUCCCCAAUGAAAGAGAUUUCUGAUCCCAUACUCCAUCAAGCUGAAGGUCUUGAAUACAACAAGAAAGAGAAGAUCGGAUCAUCUACAAUGCUCUCAAAUAUGAGUAACAUCAGUGAAGAAAUUUUUACUCCAGAUAAAGGGAAUAUGACACCUGAUAAUUGUUCAAUGAGAUCGAAACCAUUCAAGAAAGAAGACUUGAUUGUCAAAGUCCUUGAAGAGCAGAAAUCAGUAAGUGUUGCUUCCAGAAAUAAGGCUAGAUCUGAGAUAACCAUACUGAAGAACAGAACAGAUAGAGUACCACUUCAACCAUUGCUUGUGAACAACCCCCCCAAGACCAAUUCAAAAUCUCCAGUACCGAAAGUCAAGCUGAAUGCUAAUCCAAUCAAGUGUCAAGAAAUUAUGGAGGCAUGCCCAUAUUCUGAUAACAAUGCCAGGGAAGAAAAACGAAGGUGGACAAUGGUAGCGGAUACCACCUCUUUGUUAAACAAAGAGUCAAGAAAAGCUUUGCAGCUUUUGGAAGGUCUCAAAGGAACAUGCCUGAUAAUUCCAAGAAUUGGUAAUGAACCUGUCUUAAGAGAACUGGAUUGCAUGAAGAGGCGUGCUAGUUUUUUCAGAAGAGCAACAGAAGCUUAUGCAGCAUUAGAAUGGAUCGAAAAUUGCAUGGUAAAUGCAAAAUCAUGGGUUCAUGUGCAGAGUUGUGUGGAGGAAACAAGACCAAUGGCACCAACUCCUCCUGCUACUGCACCGCCGUGUUUGUUCAGUGAGGAGAAUGACAUAUUUCCAGUCGGCUCAGUUCUAUCCUCUCCACAUUGGGGUCUACAGGCAAUUGUUUCACCCACAGCAGAGGAUCAUAUCCUUGAAUGUGCCCUCCUCUUUAAAAGAACUAACAGAAAUGGACAACUUGUUCUCCUUAGCAAUGAUCUUACCAUUAAGAUCAAGGCCAUGGCAGAAGGUUUAAACUGUGAGACAGCAGAAGAUUUCCGAGAGAGUCUGGUGAACCCAUUCUCUGAGAGGUUUCUUUGGAAAGACAGCUCUCCAAGGGGAAGCACUUGGUCGUGUGUGGAUGACUUUGUUCUUAAGGAGCCAUACUACCUUGGGCCUCUAAAGAAGACAUCAACAUCAGGGCAGGCGGCAAAAGGCUUGAAGCUGAUAUUGCUUCAUAAUUCUCAUUAUAGGCGGAACUGUUCAGGGAACACAGUUAGCUAGGGAUAGAGAGUUCCCCUUUAUCAAAGAUGUGGAAGCUGAUAUUGCUCCAUAAUUCUCAUCAUAGGAAAAUAUGUUCAGCCAGCUGAACCACUUAGCUGAGUCAGUUUCCCCUUCUUAUCAAACAUUUCGAAGAUGAAUUCAGAUCUUAUGACAACAUCUAAACCUGUAAAUGGCCAUUAUUUCAAUCUUUUGGAACUUCAUUUUAUAAGUUGAGUGAUCAUUCAGGCAACCAACUCUCUGUUUUUCAUUGCAAUGAAAUUGAUUCUAUAUGAUUCA